CUGACCCGCACAGCAACAGGUAGGCGUCCCAUAGCAACGCCGCCAUUGAGUGUCAACCAAUAAGAAGCUCGUAUUUCCAGCUGCACAACGAGCUAAACAAAUCCGGCCGGUACACCUGAGCAUUAUAUACAUAGUGUACAAAGUUGCCGUACGUCUGGUUUUAACAGCCAGCCGCUCAGCAUCUCAGCGACAUACACGGCUGAGUAACUUGUGAGAAUCUGUGGGUAGACAGUCUCUUAGUUCUUGUAAGGAAACCGUAGUGCUAAAGACUUGUACAGGACUGCUCUGGGUCUGAGCUGCUCUAGAACAUGGCUGCCACCACAGAGAUCCUGCACGCAUGGCGCGACCUCAACCAACCUACAGAAUGGACCCGGGAAGGAGAACAGCUUGCAGGGCAAAUUGUUCUUCCGAGUUUCGCAAAGAACUUGGAAAAAUACUUGCAGACUGCGUCCAGCCCGGAGGACAGAGAACGGUGUCUGCGACUUCUGGCUACCCUGAGUGUCCAGAAAGAACCGCAUCCUCAUCAGAGAAUAGAGGAACAACCGAGACGGCCAAAAUCAGCCAUGCCGGCGCUAGGGCGAGAGAAGGAGCCGCACCCGGCUUACAUCACCCACAAUCAGCGGGAGUACCAGUACCGACCAGGCUCUGCCCUGGAGAACACCAGGCCACACACCACCAAACACAGUUUCAUCACACCCUACCAGCUCCCCGAAAACAUCGGCAGCACAACCUACCAUGACCAGUAUUACAGCAAAGGCCACCACAAACGAGAACCUAUUCGUGCUGGGACAUCUUCAGGGAACAGAAGAAACAACCCACAUCCUUUCCAGUCAUUCAUGGUGUGGAAGUUUCCACGAAGUGAGAAGGCACUACAGGAUGGAAGCCAGUGGGGAACAGAGCUCACCGACAACAUCAUGGAUCAAGUUAUCAAGGACCAGACUAAGUCCACCUACCAGUCAGACUUCCUGGGCAUCCCACAAGGAUUCCAGGUGGGGAAUGCUGUUGACGCCCCGCUGGACUGGAAGUCACAGGUGCCGUACUCUCUGGACUCCUUCAUGCGUUACACAUACCGGCGACCCGUGCAACAGCCACAGCUCAAGGAAAACACCACCAGAUAUGGCUGUUUUGCUAAGAAGAUGGUGCCGGCACAUGGAAUUGCACCCAAUGCAUCUCAGCUGCAGAACCAUUUGAAGGGCCGUACGACGUACCAGCGUGAGUACAACUCCACUAACGGCCGUGUGGAACAUCAGGACCUCAGCACACUGGACCCGGACUGUCUCAGAGACAUGAUCAAUCAGACCGAACCCGGGAGAGAUAAGCACGUACUGACGAACAUCCUCCGGUCGGUGAAGCAUCACGGCGACCACUACCGUGAGCUGGCCGGGGUGAGUCGCCGCACGCCGCCCACCCUGCGAUCACAGCGCCCGCCCAGCACCGCCGGGUCCCGCAGACGCACCUUUGAGACGCCCGUCAACCCGAAAAUCGUGUCUAGCUGGGUUGGACCUGUCUGAUAAAAGCACUCAAAUGUGGAAUUGAUUCAUAUGCUGCUAAACACCACGUAACAUAUUGUUGACUUUUUGUGUACUAUUUUAAGCAUUGUUUUGUGUUCUUGCAUAGGACGAUGUUUCCCUUUUGUUGACUCACUUGGUCUUGUAGGGGAACUGUUCUACUUUUGGCACUUGGAGUAUAUUGAAUGCUUCCUUGUCAAAACCACUCCUUAUUGUUCGUCGUUUUUCCACUGAUGUGCAGUGUGUUGUACUUUUUCGGAGCAGAUACUCCUCUGUAAACACAAACACGUACACAAGUGCUUUCUGUGGUUUUGCGUUGUACUACAUGCACAGAUUUUGUGGGACGAUUUGUGUGACCAGACACACACCAGUGAAUUUUCAAGAGGAGAAAGCCAGACAUCGAUUUGUAUAGUCAACAUGCCAGCCUAUCAUAUCAUGGAGUCGGCUCGUAUUUUGCUUUGUUAGAAAAAUGUUGUACUUUACAGACUUGAGGUAUUUUACACUUCUACAUGUAUGCUCCGCUCACCGUGGUGUAAUAACGAAAUGAGCAUGGCCAUGUACUCUAGGGCGUAUUGUUACGCCAUGAAGUAAACUGCUAGGCAGUUUUGAGGAUGCGGAUACAACUACAAAUUUGACAGAGUUUGAGGCCAUGACAAUGUCUGAAACUAAGUGUAAUUAUUAUUGUUAUGAGUUAUGUUAUUGUUAUGUAAUACUGUGUACAUAUUUAGCUCAUUGCAGAAAGUAAAAAAGCACUGGAAACA